AUGUCGCUUCGCAGAGCCGAUCGCCGUUACGAGCUAUUUGCCCCUGAAAUGAUCGAAAGCGUCGGCGUACCCCAAUCCGAAGUUGCAAAAUGGGCAGGCCUCACCUCGGCGAUCUCAUCCUUCUCUCAGGCGGCAAUGGCCGUCUACUGGGGCACGGCCUCGGACCGUUUCGGCCGCAAGCCCAUCGUCCUGCUAGGACUCACUGCGACAAUGAUCUUUUCUUUGGCGUUCGGUCUCUCCAAAUCUCUGGUGAUGCUGAUCACCUGCCGCGGUAUGAUCGGGUUCAUGAAUGGUAAUGUUGGGAUUAUUCGGACCAUGGUCGCGGAGAUGGUUCAGGAUAAGGAGCUGCAGCCGAGAGCGUUCAGUAUCAUGCCGAUGGUGUGGACGAUUGGGAGUAUCUUUGGCCCGUCGUUUGGAGGCUCUCUUGCAAGGCCGACGGAGAAGUUUCCCGAGAUUUUUGGCAACUCGAGCUUUUUCAAGGAGUAUCCAUUUCUCCUGCCCAAUCUGGUUUCUGGGUUCUUUUUUGUCAUUGGUAUCUCCACGGGGUUCUUGUUUCUUCAUGAAACUUUACUGUCGAAACAGGGUCAUCGCGACCCUGGCCUAGUGCUUGGUGAGAUGCUCACUAGCCCUUGCACUGGUCAACGCAGGAAAAGCUCGAAAAAGUUGGAAGACGAUGAGACGACUCCCUUGCUCGGGGAGCGCCAACGUCCCACGAAGCCUCAGGCCGUGGCCGAAGUGAAGAAGCACAGCUGGCGGGAGGUGCUCCGUCCGCAGUCCGCCCUGAUCUUGCUAGCGUAUACCUUGAUGUCAGUGCAUACGAUGGCUUUUGAAUCGGUUCUUCCAGUGUUUCUACAUACACCCGUGCAGUCCCUGCAUGGCAACCCUGACGUAGAACUUCCAUUCAAGUUUGUGGGGGGAUUUGGCAUGGACUCCCAGAGAAUCGGCUUCUUCUACACUAUCACCGGCUGCAUCGGCAUCAUUAUGCAAUUCUACAUCUUCCCAUUCUGCGCAAAGCGUUUCGGCGUCCUGAACUGCGUCAAAGCCUCCACCGCCGUCUUUCCUAUCGUCUACCUCCUAACGCCCUACAUAGCCCUCAUCCCGAAAUCCCUCCAGAAUCCCGCAAUAUGCCUUUUGAUUCUCUCCAAACUUACAGCCUCCAUCUUCAACUUCCCGGGUAUUACAAUCCUGCUCACGAACUCCGCCGGCAGUCUUAGUAUUCUUGGGACGCUGAAUGGUGUGGCUACGAGUAUGAGUGCCGUCGGACGCGCCGCCGGCCCUGCUAUGCUCGGCCCUAUAUUCUCGCUGGGACUCAGGGCCGGAAUUAUUAUCCUGCCCUGGUGGUUUCUCAGUGCUAUCUCUGUGAUUUCGGCGAUCCCAAUACUGUGGAUCGUUGAGGGUGAUGGGUUCCAGCGUCAGGAUAAAGGACAGGACUCGGAUGAGUCGGAGACGGAAAUCGAACAUCAAACUGUUAGUCCGGCGAAGAGCCAGGCCAGGGCUUAG